AUGUCCUCAUCAUCAUCAUCCUCUCCGGAACUAUCUUCCGGUAUACAUACACAAACGGAUCCUUCUGAAGGCCGCUAUUCGACCAUGUACGAGACGGAGGAAGACGUCUUAGAAGAUCUGACUAGUCGAUUUAUCCUGAAUCUUCCCGAUGAAGAGCUCAAUUCCAUAGAACGAAUCUCUUUUCAAGUGGAGCAAGCACAUUGGUAUUACGAGGACUUUAUCCGUGAAGCAAAUCCGAAAUUCCCUUCAUUACCACUCAAGAAAUUUUCUGCCAUGCUGUUCAAUGCGUGUCCCUUAUUACACCGAGAGGACCACGAGCAGGCAUUCUACAACUUCAUGCAGUACAAAACCCGUGUACCUGUUUGUGGUGCGAUAAUGCUGAAUGACACUUGGGAGAAGUGUGUCCUGGUCAAAGGUUGGAAGUCGUCCUCAGGGUGGGGGUUUCCAAAAGGAAAAAUAAAUGAAGACGAACCUCAACCCAACUGUGCCAUCCGCGAAGUCCUCGAAGAGACAGGCUACAACCUGGCUGGUCAAUUAAACCCUGAUCACGUUAUCGAAAUGUCCAUCAAGGAGCAAAAAAUCGCAUUAUACAUUGUUCCUGGUGUUCCGGAGGACUACUUGUUCAAGACGAAGACACGGAAAGAGAUCAGUAAAAUAGAAUGGUUCCGUCUAUCCGACCUUCCUACCUGGAAGCGUAACAAAACGACUCCAGGGAAAUUUUAUCUGAUAUCGCCUUUCAUUGGGUAA